AUGGUCCGCUGGAGAGACCUGCUGCGGUCUGCCACAGAGAACGGCAUCAAUGUGCAGGGCUGCGAGCAGCAGCCAGCCGUCGGCACUGCGCAGAACAGCACCGAUGGCGCCGAGUCCCUGCCAGAGGAGGUCGAGGACGAGGACCUGCCUCCUCUUGUCUCCCAUGAGCUGGAGGAGUGUGCGGGACCCGAGGAUGAUGAGCAGUACACGGAGCCCAGGACGGACGAGGCGGAAGCGACCGAGAACAUCGAGGAGAUGGAAGAAGAGCCAGAGUUGGUCUUCGACGAGGAGGAGGCCGAGGAGGAGCUCUUUGAGCAGGAGGGGCCGAGUCCAGCGGUUUCCCACCCGAAGCCAGAGGGCAUUGCGGAUGGCCCCUGGUAUGCCGGUGGCUUCGAGUUCUUUGCAGCUUUCGACUCUGGCAACCUUUGUGGAGCUGCCCUGGCACGGCCCUGCGAAAGCCAGGACCACCUGGCCAAGAAGGACCUUCGAGCUGCAGACGUGCUUUGGGCUGCAGCGGAGCCUCAGAGAGGCAAGCUGCUGUACAAGAUGAUUCAAAGCUGCGCCGUGCGGAGGGAGCCCCACCCCAAGGCCAAGCUGGUCACCAAGAAGUCUGCAGGAGCGCGCCUGUACGCCAGCCGCAGGGUGACCCUGAGCGGGUGGCAGAAGUUGGCAGAUGAGGACGGCUGGGCUCAGCUGGGUCCUGCCACGGCAGAAGCCGAGGGUGCCGAAGUGGAGCUACUGCGCUUUGCGCCGCAAGGUGUCCAGAAGAGCUGCGAUGCCCAAGGCUCGGGCGACGAGACGAUGUCACCAACAUCACCGCCGCAGCAGGCCAGCGAACCCAGCGCCGGCGCCGCUGACGGAGGAGCCGGAACCGGAGGCGGAGGCUAUCCCAGUGCCCCGAUGCCGACGGCGGCUUCGAGCCUCUGCUUCGAGGUCACGGCUCGCGCAGACUGCGCCGGCACGCCCUUUGCCAGCGAGGAAUGCCAAUGGUUCCACUUCGGCCUACGGGGCCGUGAGCUGGGCCCUGGCGAACGCCUCUCCUUUCGCGUUCGGGGCCUCAGCCGCUACAGGCGGCUGGAGACGACCCGCAUGGUAAGUGGGCAGUUGCUGACUGAUGGGCUCCAGCCUGUGUUUCGGUCCAGUGCUGAUACUGGCUGGCAGCUGGUGAGGGGCGAAAUCGGGAUGCUGCGGCUGCCUGACGGCAUGCUGGCCUUCACCUUCGAGCACACGACGUCAAAGCCCCUGGCAGCGGAUGAGGAGCUCUAUUUUGCUCUGACCUUCCCGUACCCACUCGGCCGAAUCUACUCGCAUCUUGACGGUGCCUUGAAGUCCUUGGUGCGCGGUGGAGCAUAUGUCAACCGCGAGCAGCUGACGACGUCGUUGGGAGGUCAUCCCAUUGAGCUGGUCACCGUGACACGUCGUUCGCAGCGCUCUGCAAAACGCCAGCCGCCGUUGCCGGACUUGGCGCAGGAGGAAGCCCAGCGGCCUUGGAUCUUUCCAGAGCGCCGUGCCAUCUUCGUCAGCGCAAGGGUACACCCGGGAGAGACGCCGGCGAGCUUCAUGCUGGAAGGCCUCUUGGACUUCCUCGCCUCUGGCAGCUCAGAGGCCACGGAGUUGCUCCGGCAGUACGUGGUGCACGUGAUACCCGUGCUGAACCCCGACGGUGUGGCCUUUGGCCACCACCGCCUGGACAUGCGCGCAGAGAACCUCAAUCGGGUGUACGGCAAGGCAAGUCUCGAGCAUCACCCCUCGAUCGUCGCAGCAGAGAAAGCCUGCCUCUGCGCCCACGAGCACCAGGGGGGCCUGCGGCUGUACCUGGACCUCCACGCCCACAGCAACCGCCGUGGGGCCUUCCUUCUGGCCGAUGCUGGCCGUGACGCGGAAGCCCGGCUCUUUGGCUGGGCCUUGGGAAGGUACUGCAACAUCUUCGAGUACUCGCAGAGUGACUUCAGCGAGUCCAAGCGAGGAACUGGAAAGUCCACGAUUGCAAAGCUGACCGGAAAUCCCCUCUGCUACACCGUAGAAUGCCACUACAUUCGAGGCCACCACAGCGCCGAGCCCUUCGGGCCCCAAGCCUGGUAUCGCUUGGGGUGGUCGCUCUGCCGCGCGCUUCUGGCCUUGGACUUCGUACGGCGCCCGAGGCGGAGCCUCUGUCCGCCUGGUGCAGAUCCGAUGGUGCGUUACCGGGAGAUCACGAUGGCAGCUCGGCGGCUUCUCCUCGGAGAGAAAGCGGCCAGAGGAGGUAUCCUACUUGCAUGCAGCGCAUUCGCCUUCUGCAUGUCGGCUGCAGCAGCGAUGCUUGGUCUACUUUGCGCGCUGUGUGCUGCUGUUGCUUUCGGUGUGCAAUAUGCGCCAGUCAAGAAGUACGAGAUUUACGAUGGUAUCACGUUUCAGUGGUUCAUGUGUGCUGGAAUUCUGAUGGUCGGCUUUGUGUCGUCCAUCAUCUUCGGUGACUUCGGGAUGAAGGACAACGAGUGCCUCUUGAUCAUCGCCGGUGGUGCGCUGUGGGCCUUGUCAAACUACCUGGUGCUCCCACUAGUGAAACUUCUCGGGAUCGGCCUUGGCUUCUCGCUGUACCACUUCGUGAACUUGAUGGUGGGCUACAUUGUUGGCCGCUUGGGCCUCUUUGGCAUGGCUCCACUCGAAGGUUCUCUGCACGUCUGCGACGCAGGUUGCGCUCUUAUCCUAGCAUCGUUCGUCAUCAUGGUGUUCGUUGAAGGCGAGCAGGGCAACGAAUCUCAACCCAGCACGCCAAUCGAGCUGCCACCGCCUUUGUUUCAGAUCGACCCGAACUACCGCGAGAUGUACCAUCGGUGGCGACAAGGCGAAUCGAGAGGCUCCAAAGAUGCGCCCGUGUUGAAUGCCCUGCGCUCCACCAUGUUCGGGUACUCCGCCAUGGAGUCUGGUGGCAACCUGAAGGCAGUGGGAGGCUUCGCACUGGGUCCGGUACCUCCGAAGCCGCGAGCGGAGGGAACUGCACAUGCCGCCGCUUUCCUGGACGCCAGGCACGAGGCCCCCAUGCCGCGGAAUUCUAGCGAGCCAACCAUGGCAGCCUCAAGCAGCAGCACCGACGCCAUCCCCGCAGAGGCGAUGCAACGAGGCGCCAUCACCUCCUCCAGCCCUCGAAUGGUCAAACUACUUGGGGUGUCCCUGGCCCUCUUUGCUGGGGGAUUGGCUGGAGUGCAGAGCGUGCCGGCAGCAAUCUACAAUCAAAGCCAUCCAGGCGCACGCCCCACUGUGGUUGUCUUUCCACAAUGUCUCGGGAUAUACAUCUGCUCCAGCUUCAUUUACUUGUUCUAUGCGGCUGUGGCUCGGGCAUCUGGGUGGUCGAUCCCACACUCGGCCAUCCGACCUCCCUACUUCAGCGGAUGCAUCUGGGCCAUCGGCUUUUCCUUCAUGAUCGUGGGAAUCUCAGCCCUGGGCUUUUCGAUUGGCUAUACAUUGGACGCUGUGGGGCCUAUUGUGGUGGCAAGCAUGCUGUCAAUCUUCGUGUUCAAAGAGAUCACCAGGCCCAGACAGCUGAUUCUGUAUUGGUGCUCUUUUGGAUUGCAGCUAAUGGGUCGCGGCCAGACACCAGGAGGGCCAAGCCGCUUCGCCCCCGAGUUCGGCAAAAUCCUCGGCCCUUCCCCGACGCGGCCGGCACCCCUGGCGCUGCUCAAGAACCCGGAGCUGAUUGACCAGACGGUCGAAAUCAUCGAGUCUUUCACGGAAGGCGGGCAGUGGCUGCGGCUCCACGAAUCUUCAGGCGGCCUGGUCCUGCCGGAGGAGGCCGUGAGGCCUUGCAUGGAUCAAGAGGGCUCCUUCUUCUACGGGGUGCUGAGCAAGGCGUCUGUCUCGUUGCAGCCAUCACCGACAUCGGCAGUGCUCUGCUUCUUGAAUCCUGGCACUGUGCUGGAAGCUUCAGAACGCACUGUGGUGGAUGGUGUGCUCAGAGUUCGCAUCGUGCGAGAUUCGCAGCGUGGAGCGACUGGUGGAUGGGUUAGCGAGUUCAAGCGGCCCGUCUUCGAUCCGCGCCUCGGUGGGGCAGCGCAGCUCCUGCGGCUGAGGGGUCCGCCGAAAAGCUUGGGCAAGAAGGGACCGUGCUACGCCUUCGCUUGCUGA